AUCAUAACUUAGUCCGUUGAAUUUGUAUUUAUAUAUCACAACCUUCUCGUUUUAUUCUUGUACAUCUUUAAAGUGAGAUAAAAGACGUGCUUAUAUGAUUGAUUACUACGAGAUUUUUCUUUGAAUCCGUUUGACGACUAUACAACGAUUAUAAAAACGCAAAAUUAUCCUGUUCCUGUGAUCCAACUCGAAUUCGAACACGAAAAGCAGCAUCAUGAAUUCCAUCGAAUUCGAAGACUAUAUCAGUGAAAAUGAAGAAGAAAUCGAUAUUAUGAAUGUUGACGAUGUCAGGACAUCAUUAGAAACGAGCAGAGACGAUAUGGCUUCUGAUGCUGCAACAUUACAAAUAUCGUCAACCGAAAAUUACUUUACACAUUAUAAGAUGGAUCAUCCUAAACGUGGUAUAGCUAUAAUCUUUAAUCAAAUAUUUCCUGACUUGGAUGUGGUCACUCGCACUACUGGUACUAAUGUAUGUUGCAGUGAACUUAUUAAUACAUUACACGGACCCGGCUUUGACAUAUGGAACUGCCAAAAUUUUAUGUAUGCAAAUUUAAUAGAAGCUGUAAAAAGAGUUGCAAAAUUGGACCAUUUUGAAAAUGAUUGCUUGAUAGUAAUCAUGUUAAGCUACGGCUUCAGCGAUUAUGUCUCUGCGUCCGACAUUUAUUAUAAAACAGAUGUUCUCUUUAAUCGUUUUAGUAUCCAAAAAUGUCCGACCCUCGCGGGAAAACCUUAGUUUUUUUUUAUUAAAACUCGCCUUCCUGAUGGGAUUCCUUUGAUUCAGUAUCCUUCACACGUAAAAACAUUUAAUAUGGAAUUUGACUAUCUAAUUAUCUAUUCAACUAUACCAGGUAUUAUACUUUUAUCUGUAGAUAAAUAUUAGAUUGCUACAAAAAUCUUAUUAUAUCUUUUCGUCACUUUACUUUCUCUCUAUCAAAUAGUUUGUAAACAUUUCCAAUUUGAAACUUCUAAUAUAAUUGCUAAUUAAUUAUUCAUUAGUUUAUGACAUCUCGUGAUUCAUGAGUUUCAAAAUUAACAGGUCGUUAUUCUUAAAGCGUUUUACAUGGAACAUGUUUCAUGGAACAGUUGUGCGUCCAAUUACGUGAAAAUGGUACUCGUUAUGAUUUGAUAACUUUAUUGACAUUCAUAUGGCAGUGUGUUGCCAAAGAUUUUGAGUUAGUCAAAUUUAAUGAUUUGACCGUGCACCAAAGACAACAACUUCCACGCAUGAUUUCAACGUUGACACACUUGAUAAAAUUCAUUCCAAUAUUUUUACAACCACAAUCUGAUAAGAAAAAUCUUAUACCGAAUUUAUGAAAGUAACUAGAUAAUUACUAAUAUUUUCUGUAAUGCAGCAUAAUCUUUUUACAAAAGUGAUAGACAUUUUGAUAUGCGAGUUUUUGUACGACGUAAGCGAAAUAUUGUAAACAUUAUAAACAAAACAUACUUUUAUAAUUUUAGUUUAACGAAACACAAAUGUGUAAAGUAAUAUAUGUAGUAAAUGUAUAGAUACGUAUUUGUGAACAUUGUACGUACUUAUAUAAUAUGAGUAAA